CGUCCCUUUCACGCCCAUUUUAAUACGAAGAAACGAAACCAAGAUUGCGUAAAGAAAGAGCCACUCCAGUGAGUUUUGGCCUCCCACCGAAUGGCAAAGGCCGGAGAUCCGAGGCGUCGCCUUCUGGUGCUAGUGCCGUGUCCUUACCAGGGUCACCUGAAUCCGAUGCUUCAGCUCGGAGCGGCUCUUCAAUCGACCGGCUCUUUCUCCAUCACAGUAGCUCACACCGAGUUCAACUUCCCUAACCAAUCUAACCACCCUCAGUUUCAUUUUCUUCCCAUAGCAGAUGGCUUAUCCGAUGCCGACACGUCUCUUAGAGGUUUCGUGUCUCUGGUCUUGAAGCUCAAUGUCAACUGCAAGACCUCGUUCCAGGAAUCCUUAACAAGAUUAAGGGAACGGACAGAUUGGCAAGAAGAUAUUGCCUGCAUAAUCUAUGACGGGCUCAUGUAUUUCGCAGAAGAGGUAGCCCGAGAGCUGAAAAUCCCAUGUAUCAUAUUCCGCACCUGUAGCGCUGCCACUUCUUCGCUCUACAACGAGUACCCUCAACUCCAAGAAGAAGGCUUCAUUCCCUUGCAAGAUUCGAAAGCACUGGAAUUCGUACCUCGGCUUCAUCCCCUCAGAUUUAAGGAUCUUAGCAUUUACAAGUUUGAAGGAUUUGAAAAUUUGUUGCCACUGCUCGAGAGAUCUAGUCAAGUAGGAUCUUCGGUCGCAUUCCUCCUGAACACCAUUGAAUGCCUUGAACAGUCAUCGUUGAUGAAGCUUAGGCAGGCAUACCCAGUUCCCUUUUUCACCGUAGGACCUGUACACAAGAUUGCUCCACCUCUCUCCAGCAGCCUAAUCGAAGAGGACGAGAGUUGCAUCGCGUGGCUGAAUAAGCAAGCCAAGAAUUCGACCCUCUACGUGAGCCUGGGAAGCGUAGCAUCCAUUGACGAGAAAGAGCUCGUCGAAAUGGCUUGGGGACUCGCAAACUGCCAGCAACCCUUCCUGUGGGUCGUACGUCCUGGGUUGGUUCACGGGUCGGAAGGGAUCAAUCUGCUCCCCGACGGCUUUGCAGAAAUUGUGGGCGAAAGGGGUCGUGUCAUAAAAUGGGCACCACAGCAGAAAGUCUUGGCACAUGAGUCAGUUGGGGCAUUUUGGAGCCAUUGCGGCUGGAAUUCGACCCUCGAGAGCAUCUCUGAAGGAGUCCCGAUGAUAUGCACACCGUGCUUCGGGGACCAGAGAGGGAAUGCCAGGUACUUGAGCCAUGUUUGGAGGGUAGGCCUGUUGCUGGAAGACAUGGAAAGAGGAGAGAUCGAAAGAGCUAUAAAGAAGCUUAUGGCCAGCGAAGAAGGAGAGACCGUGAGGCAGAGGAUGACGGACUUGAAGCGCGAAGUGAUACAUGCUAUCAAAGAAGGCGGCUCUACUUACGAUUUCCUGGAUGAACUGGUCAAGUACAUCAACGCAUUAUAGAUGAGUUGUGAAGGUGCAGUUGAUAGUUUCCUAUUUUUCCACCAGCAUUUUGAGUUCUUCUUAAUCCACCUCAAAGCGAGCACAAGCUCCUUACCCAGGAAAGAAUUGUUGCUGUGUUCUGAGAAGUGGUAGCUUAGCUCUUGUUACUUUCGAGAAGUGGAAGAUUGUGUCGCAAGCUUUGGUAACAGAUAUGGAACUGAGGCAAUGUAGCAUAAUAAUUUAUUAUCAUCAGAACCAGUUGUCACAGCA